AACAAAGUGAAGGUUUGUGAAGCGUGCAAGUGGAUUAGGGUUUUGCUUCGAAAGAGGAAUCCUGGAGUAUAACUUCUACCUGGAUUGAGCUGAAUCGGCGAAUUUGGUUUUUGAGGUUACUGUUCAUGUCGGAGACUUUGAUGCCAUGCGCGCCUUUGUUCUUGCUCUAUGCAAGGCUGAUUUUUUGGGGAUCUUGAGCAUCCGGGGAGGCUUCUCUGGACUCUAAUGUUGGAUUGCAAUUACAACUAAAGAAUCCAUAGAUUGGGGCUAAAUUGAAGCUCAUCGUUAGUGUUCACAGUGCGACUGCGCUUCCUUUGUUCUUCCAGUUUUUUGCUCGAUUCCUUUGAAAUAUUUUGUGACUUGGGUGUACCUUUUAAGGACUUUUUAUUGUCGUGGUUGGAUUUUUUUAUUCAACAAACUUCUGAUGGAGUCCUUGAAUCCGGUUUUACUGUUUAUGUUCUUCAAUAUGAUGUUUGCCAUUGCUGUAGCUUGCUGCUUGUGGUCUCUUGUGUUGCCGGCAUGCUGGGAACUUGUUGUGGGUAUGAAUUUGGUGUAAUGGAAUUAUGAACUUGGGUGUGAAAACAUCACAACCUUCUUGGAGUAUGAGGAGAUGUUUGUUGGAUGGGAAGGCCUUGUUGCUGCAUCUCUGGCUGCCAUUUUUCUGAACAGCAAACUUACCUGGAAAGGGCCAUUGUUGAGUCUUGACUCCGAUGUUUCAACACCGUAACAAGGGAAGGGUACAUUGGCACCCCCCCUAGUGUUUGAAUCUUGCUCGAACCAAACCUGUUUGCUCUUUAGAACCAACCUUUGUCACACAAAGGAUGGGAUGGCAAUUUGAUUCUUGCUGGCAGCCCUUCCCAUUUGUCUGAUUUACAUGUUUGGAUGCUCUUCCCUUUGGAGCUGGUUCUGUUCUGCUUUGGAUUCUUGGGAUGUUGCUGCUGUCCAGUGAAACUGGGAUACCGGUGUUUGCUUUGGCCAAUGUCGAACAACACUUCGUGCUGCUUCUUUGCCAAUUUCUGUCAAGCCAAUGGCAAUCUGCCUUGUUGGCAUAAUGGAGGUUGGGGACAUUGAGUUCCAGUUGAGGAUGGCGGGUCUUGUUCCUGGGCAGAUUGACAUUACUGGUUUUGGGGAACUUCUUGGGCAGUCUGUCAUUUCUCUAGAGAUAUCCUACGGCUCGAGUUGUCCUGCUUUUCUACCUGAUCUGAACAAAACAUGCUCCAUUACACACUCCUAUACUGUGGUUGUUUGGUAAAAUUGGAGUAUAACGUGCCUGCUGAUCUGUGGUAUAUCAGGUGUUUGUUCAUUUGUUCUUGAUGUACUUGCUGCAUCGCCUUCAGGAACAAGCUGAUACACUAGCAAACAACAAAGUCGCAAUGUCUAUGGGUCUUGUCAACAAAACCUUACCUUACCUACAGAGAGUACCAUUUGCAAUUUGGCAUUUACACCACUUCGCAACCAUUCAUAGGCCGUAAAAGACAUACAUACAUGGAAGGGAAAGUUUGAUACUUUUGUAAAGAGUCAUGCUUCUAUUUCUUCAUUGUCAUUCCUCUGACAAUACACAUUACUCGAUCCGGAAGGGAUGGAUCAAACCGAACUCCCACAAUGCAUCAUAUUCCUCACCAAUUCCGUCUUUGCAUUUUUGUUCCAUUGGCAAGAUUUUAAGACAAUGCAUAUGAGGUGUUCAUUCAUACUUUGAGUCUCCCUGACUUUGGAAGCCGCUGCUAAUGCGAGUUUGCCUGUUCAACAACGGGUGUGCUGUCAAAGGGACUCUUAUUUUAAAAAAACAGAUUGGGCUAGGAAAAAUUCUGGUUCGACCUUCAUUGAUAAAAGUGGAGAAAGAUUCAAGAUUUUUCGUUACAUCCACUUUUAACUCAUUGGAGAUAGUUGCAAUUAGGAAAUUCACAAGUUGACUAAUUAACGGUUGAAGUACCCUUCUCCAGCCACAAACCAAGGAAGUCUCAUUUGUCAAAAUAUUUGAUUGCUUUGUUGAGCUAUGGAGGAGUCCCUGAAGGGCAUUAUAUGUCUAUAAUGAAAAGUGAUUUGGAAGAGAGAAAAACCAUAUACACCAAGAGAAGAGCAGCACUGAAAGCCGCUGUGAACUAUGGAGAAAUGGAUGGUGAGUUCGCAACAGCUAAGAUUAUCUCUCUGGGGUGCCAUUGAUGAAGCUUAUGUACAUUCUUGUUUAUCCAGCCUGGCAAACAUGGGAAAACGCCAGAUUAGAAGAGGAAAACAUCCAAGAGCCAACAGUUAUUACCAAAUGGGAACAGCUGAUCCUACUGGGAUGUUAAACAGUGAUGAAGUUUUGUAUUAUCAUUGAGAAUGGUCAUGUUACUGGGAAGGUGUUGGUGUACAAAAGUCCCGGUCUUCACUUUGGGGAUACACAAUUAUGUACAAGAACUGGACCAUAUUGUUGGUAACGCUAAAUAUGCAAUCUUCUCAACAAAAGGGCUGAGAUCAACUGCUAAUGAAAUGGCAAGUAGUGAUUUUGACGGUGACAUGUAUUGGGUUUCAAUGAAUCCUCAGCUCUUGAAUUCCCAUAAGGUAAGUGAAACGUGGAGUUGUGUCUAUGCAAUGCCAAAAGCAGUUGGUAGAAGGCCCUCUGAGUUUACACCUAAUGAAUGAGUUAGAGUAUGAACAUCUCGGAACAAUAUUCAAACAAAAGAAAUCAGGGUAUGUUUCAUUGUUUCUCAUAACUUGCAUUUCCACGUAUUUGCAGUGUCGACGUUCAUAGAAAAUUCAAGUAUUUAUUAUUAUUAUUUUUAAGUUUUGACAUUCUUCGAAAAUGAACAAUUUAGAUUGUGACCUAUUUUUCAAAUUUCUUCACGCUUCUCUGCUCUUUCAGCAACAAUAUGGCACUGGCAGCAGAUAAAUGGCUAGCAUGUAUGGAUCGGUUUUUGACAUUGGGCAAUAGUUUUACUCAGUUUCCUCCUCAGCUCCGUCCCUGUGGCUGCUGCUGCUGCUUUCUCCUUCAAUUUGCUUUCUCCUUGUUGGCAUUGAAUUUCUCUUCUUCCAGUUUUUGUUUCCUUCUUGCAGUGGCUCUUUCUUCUGUUACGUUAUUAGGUGGAAAGGGGUGGGUGUUUGACUAGUAUUGAUAUAAGGAGAGCGCAGUUUAGGCCGGCAAUGACUUGGCGCAAGCUGAAGUCAAGAGGCCGGUGCCACUUUGGGGCAGAUAAUGUUAAGUACUUAUUGAAGCAGAUGCUGGGCCUGUUUGGGAAUAACUUUUGAGAUUAGCGUUAGCGUUUUGGAUAAAAAUUUAACGGUACA